AUGGCGGCGGUUGAGCCUUCUUCCGGGGGAGAUGCUAGCCUCACGAAGACAGUGGCUGACGCCAUUAUCCAAGACCGAGCUGCGCAGAAGGCGGAGGAAAUUGAGGGCAGACCAGCUGCAUCUAGUCCAAUCCAGAAGAGAGGUCGACCACCAAGGAAGUUCAAUCCCAGACGGUUGCCGGAUAGGUAAGUAGCUUCUUUGUGUUAGUUUUGAUCUUUAGAGAGAACGUUUUCCUUUUUUAACUUUGAAUUCUGAAAGUUCUGCUCAAAUUGUUUUUAUGUUACCUAAAUGGUGCCAAGGAUAAUAUAACGUUUCUUAUAGAUGGGAAGCGUACUCUCCAUGCGGCAAGGUGAUCGCGGACACUCGUCUUAUUGCUUUCAAGACGCCGUUGAAGCCGGAUUUCUUUCAAGGAACAGAGCUCGAGCCAUUUGGAAUCGAUGAUUUGGUGGAGGCCAUGGAAAAACAAAAUCAGAAGUUGGGUUUGGUUAUCGAUCUCACGGCAACCACAAGAUAUUAUGACCCUGCCGAGUUGGAGCAGUAUGGAAUCAAAUACAAGAAGAUCUUUUGUCCUGGCCGAGAUUUCGAAGCUUUGAAGGACUUGGGAGAUGAGUUUAUGGAUACGAUUAAGGAGUAUUUCAUGGAGAAUUUAGAUAAUAGUAAGUGAUAAAUUGCAGUGCAGUUGGACGUUCAGGAUUUGUUUUUUAAAGUCGUAGAGUAUUUUCAGAUAGUUUGAUCGGAAUCCACUGCACACACGGCUUGAAUCGGACGGGUUAUCUGGUUUGUCGGUAUAUGCAUGAAUGUCUUGGCUGGUCAGUCGAUGAGAGUGUUAACAGUAAGUCCGUUUCGUUCAACUUGGUCUUAUCCUUUAGGCUAUCUAAUAAGCGAAUUUCAGCGUUCAACGCGGCUCGUGGCCAUGAAAUCGAACGAAAAGAAUACAUCACCGCCCUUCAGUUGAAAUGCGAAUAUCACAACGGAUCAUAUCGCUGCUGA